GUACAAGUCUGCCAGUUCUUAUGGUGGGCAUCAAAUUGAGCAGAGUUAUCAGUUGGUGGGUACCACGUACCAGUUUGCCAGUUUUCAUGGUGGGUGUCCAAUUGACCAGAGUUAUCAGUUGGUUGGUACCAGGUACCAGGUACCAAUUGUUGGUUUGUACCAGGUACCAGGUUGCCCGUUUUCGCAGUGGCAGUGCAGUGUGUCUGCCACCUUGAGCACAGCGCGAAGUUCAAGGAACAUCUGUUCCUGGUCCGCUUGGUCUGCAGAAGAGAUCAUAUGCCUCAUGGAGUGCGGAGAAUCGAGGUGCGGAGGCAAUCAACGGACCGAUCUGGAGCUUGUAUGGAGAAACGCGGUGUGGAGAACAGCGUAGCUAUAAGGAGAAGAGAAUAGCUGUAUGGAGAGUAGUUGUAGGGAGAACAGUUCUGCUGAGAAAUGGGAAGGAUUGCUGUGUACAUAGUAUCUGGAUGAUGUGAAGGUGUACGAUGAGGGGACGAGGACAAGGUUGAUCUUUGGUCUCCGGCGCGGGUAGUUGAGGCUGGAUGACAACGUCGUGAUCAGGAAGCAGGGAUCCCAAUCAGUGGUCAGCAGCUGUGAUGGAAAGGUGGGAGGCGGAUAUUAUGUCCAUUGAAAUGUUUAGGGAGAUGUAGAAGUGUGUCACUGUAUGGCGAGUCCGAUGUCGUUUUCCAUUCCACCGAAGGCGAACGAACGCAUGUAUUAUCUUGCAUCUCGUCGAGUCUUCUGCAUGGUUCCCAAUCUCCGAUACUCGGCAGGGCAAUGAUCUUUAUUCUUAUGAGAAAGGUAACAAAAAAAAAAAAAAGAAAAAAAAAAGGUAACAAAGAAUUGCUGGCUCGUAUCGUACAUUGCGUACAUGCCGGCGAUUUCGUACCGUCAGUUGUGUAGAGGCAAUCAACGGACUGAUCCGGAGCUUGUAUGUUGUAUCGACUUGUAUGUCGAUUUUAUUAGAAAGUGGGGUUGGCUAGGUGUGGGAAACGGAACUGGGAAACAGACUGACAAAUCGGAACGCCUGUAUCUAAUGGGGGGAGAGAUGGAUUUGGUAGGGAGGUUACAACAACAAGCAGAAGAAUGGAUUGCCACACUGGAGGAGGGAUGUAAGCAGAUGCAGACGAUAGUGGGAUUGCUUAUGCAGUGGCAGCAUGAAGGGGGGGAGAUCGAUGGGGGAGCGAUCUCGAUGGACCAGUGGUUGGAAGAUAGGAUUCAGGAGUUGUUGGACAUCAUAUGGGAGCUGGAGGAUGGGCCGGAUCCCUGGCUUCACGUCUACAUCGACUGGAGUCGGGCGGAUGAUAGGUUGGCUGCUUGCAGAGCCCUCUUCACAUUGGGGCGGGAUCUGCGCAAUCAGAUGGAGUAUCGCUAUGGACUGUUGGCAGAUGAAGAUGAUUGCGGUGAAAACACAGAUAACAGUAACAACAUCAGUUACAGCGACAUCAAGGACUGGGAGGAUGUCAAUAAUAACAAGGAUGGGGGGGGCGACGUCCAUGGCUGCAGCAUGAUGGGAGCAGUACGGCAGGGGGACGUGGAAGAUAAUGGACACGCCAACAACAACAACAACAACAACAACAACAACAACAAUAUCAACUAUAGCGAUGGUGCGCAGGGAUUGGGAUUGGGCGAAAUGGGUGAAGGGGGUGCGAAGGAUGACAGUAACAUCAACAACGAUGACGAGAACAACACCAACGCCAACGCCAACAACAACAACAACAAUAUCAUCAACAAUGAUUGCGACGAUGGAGGCUACGACAGCCAUGGGAUCGCCGGGAAAGAGAGGGGAGAUGGGGGGGGCGACGUCCACGGCUGCAGCAUGACGGGAGUGAUAUUGCAGGUGGAUGAGGAAGACAAUGGAGCUGUCAACAACAACAACAACAACAUCUACACCAACAGCGGCCAUCAUGUCAGCGGCAUGCUCAGCAGCAAGGUGUGUGCAUCUGCUUUUGCCAGCUGUAUGGAGGGUGAGGGGAGGGGAUUGGCUGAGGUCGAUAGGGAAGGGAUGGGGGUUGGAAGAAAUGGACUGAUGAUUUCCCCCUCCCUCGAACCCUACCAUUUUGGCUGGCAUCGGGUUGGGAUAGGAUAGUUGCCUCUCCCCACCCCCUUGGUCGGGUGGGGUUGCCCGGUCCGCAACCUCAUUGAGGGAGGGGGUGGGUCGCCCCUCAGGUGGUGUGAUUGCCUGCUAGGGAUGUGGGAUACAAGUUCUGAUUUGGGUCUCCUCCCCUUUCGCAGGUGAGUAAUCAAUCCCUCUGCUCUUU